AUGGGAAUUCAUAAAAUGUACGAAAGAACUGCUAGAGGCUGGAUUAAAUUUGAGAAGGCUACAGAAUAUUCCUCCUUGCUGGAUAUAAAGUUCAAAAAUGGGAUCUUGAAAAUCCUGCCUUGGGUCAUUUCUGACGAAACAGAGUCAUUGCUUAGAAAUCUGAUUGCAUACAAGCAGUACAAUAGAGGAAUUGAACCAUUUUAUUUGACCGGUUAUGCCACAUUUAUUGAUUGCCUCAUUAACUCCCCGACGGUUGCUGAAAAACUUCGCCACUAUGGAAUUAUUGAUAAUUGGUUAGGUGAUGAUAAAGCGGUUUCUACAAUGUUCAACAAACAGGGCAAUUAUGUCACUUUUGGAAAUUUUCCUCCUUCCAAGAUUCCACCAAAUAAAGUGGAUCAUCUUCUAGGCCUCUUACAUGACACCUGGUGUUCCUCAUUUGCUGAAAUUGUGUUCUCUCCUGGGAAUAUUUAUGCAAGCCAAGCAAGUAAAUGGAGGGUCAUAAAAUGUGCCACAGAGCUUCAAGAAGCUGGGAUUAAAUUUGAGAAGGCUACAGAAAGUUCCUCUUUGUUUGAUAUAAAGUUCAAAAAUGGAAUCAUGAGAAUUCAUCCAUUGCAAAUAGAUGAUGAUAUAGAGUGA